ACCCCCAAUGAUGAACUUGUCAAGAGCCGGCUGCGUUGCGACUACCAGCAGGAAAGAAGCUGUCUGGUGUGUCUCUUGAGUCUUUGGGCAUCUGCUGCCAUCCUCUCCCAUGGGAUCAGAAGGAUCAUACAGAGAUGGCUUUCCCUUGCUAUGACUAUGGUGACCAAUGUUCUCAAUGGGAGGGUGACACCAAAAGCAAUGGGCGAAAGGCUGCAGGCUGUGUCCAACGGUCUAUGGGUCACAAAGGGCUGUGAGUUUACCAUAGUCCCAUCUCAGGUUCCUCUCCCCAGUCCAGUCACUGCCAGUCAGAGGGCAGCAGCUCUCAACUGCCUUAAAGAACUGGUACAAUUGUACCGCUGUUCUAUUGGCCAAGGGACUGCACAUGGUGUGUGUGAAUGGAAGAUCUCCACUACUGUUGAGAUGACUCUAAGAAAUGCAAGCAUGCUGCCCAACAGCAUUUUCCACAACGGUUGGAUGAAAGUAUCCAUCUCAGACCAGCUCCCUCCAUUGACCCCUGGUGAGUCCACCAUGCUGGAACAAACUGUGCCACCGUUGGCAAGUCCUUUCCCUAUAGAAGCUGCCAUGAUGAGUGCAAAACCCUACCGUGCCCAACAGCUCAGAAAGAAAAGCCUGUAUCACAAACAGCGUAACGCCUCCUCCACACUCUGCAUGGUCCCAGAGAUGCUCCUUAUCCACACAAUUGGCAGAUUUAUUUAUAAUAUCUACCCCCUGGAGGACUUCUCCCCAUGGGCCGAGGAGGUUAUUGAAAACCGCGUGGAGGUGACGCGGCAACUUUCCUUCCUGGUCCAGGAGGCCUUGGCCAAAUCUACUAAGACCAAAGCCCUGCAAAGAGCACUGAGGAAGCUCUCAGAGCCGAACCAGAACUAUGGCCCACUGGAGCUCCAGCUGGGAGAUCUGCUAUUCACCAACUUUCUGAAGCAGUUCUCUUCACAGCGCCCCCUGUCACCAGAGGCCUUCCUGGAGAAUCGUCAGCUUUGCUUGGAAGUGUCACUUAUGGUGAGCAGGGUGCUUCUCCAGCACUGGACCCCCAGGAUUUCUUUCUCCCCUGUCUGUGAGGUGCAGGAAAUCAGCCCGAGACUGAAGCGUCGCCAGGGGGGUGUCAUCCAACACUGGUCCUCAACAGACAACCUCCUAAUGCUUGCUGAUGAAAGUGAUGAGGAUCUGCACUCUGUGGAUGACAGAAAACAGGGGAAGAAAGGAGUGAAGAGUUUCUUCCGCAGAGCUUGGAAGUCAUUCAAGCGAUUCACUACCCUUGGCUGCCUGUUGUGAGGUCUUGUCUCUCCCCUGUCUUUCUGUCCAGGUUUUCCAUGUGUCUGCCCUGUCUGUUCACAUUUCUCUCAGUACACUUUGUGUUCAUGUGCGUUCAUGUAUGUUCAUGUGCUCUGUUAAGAGUUUGGUCUUGUCUUCAGUCCUUACUUAUGAUCCAUGUUUCCUGAGUCUGGUCCAUGUUUUCUGUAUGUCUUUGUUGGUUUUCGGCUCUAGCAGUUUUAUUUUUAUGUUUAGUUCCAUUGUCAUUGGUCUUCAUUGUUUUCACCUGCUCCUUGUUAGCCCCACCCUGUAUGUCAGCUCUUGUGUUCAGUCUGUGUGGAAGCAUUGUUUACAUAUACUGGUCACUAUGUCAAUUGGCCUAACCAGUGUUAUAUGGUUUGUUCGGUCCUGCUCUGCGUAUAACCGUAUUUCCUUUAUAAGUUUUGUCUUUCCUUCUUAGUCUGUGUUCCUGCCGUCCUACUAUUUGUCCUGCCUGCUUUUCUUUUUGUCCUGCCCACCUGUGUUUUGUCCACAUCCUGCUUAUUGUCACUUCUACCUGCCUGCCAGAGUUUUGGAUUCUUUCUUGUUUCCUUAGUUUAGUUCGGUAUUUUUGCCUCAGUGUAUUUUUUUGUUUGAUUGUUUGUCUACCUUGUUUGCGUUCCCAUCCGGUGUCCCGGAACCCGAGCCGUUCCCGUCCGGCCUCCCAGAACCCGAGCCCCUCCCGUCCGGCCUCCCAGAACCCGAGCUGUUCCCAUCUGCGGUCCCGGAACCCGAGCCGGACCCUUCCAGCAAAUCUGGUCCUGUCGAGGUCAGGUGGCCAGAGCCCCCUACCACAGUCAGUGCAUCCUAUCUGCUAACCUGCCACCCCUUUACGUGUGCAUACCCUGACAGUCGCGUUGGCUCAGUCUAGGCCAACCUCUCAGCACAGGCCAGCACCGUCCACUCCUCCACAGAGACCUGCACCGCCCAUGUCCCAGCAGAGGCCAGCACCGUCCACUCCUCCACAGAGACCUGCACCGCCCAUGUCCCAGCAGAGGCCAGCACUGUCCACUCCUCCACAGAGACCUGCACCGCCCAUGUGUCAUCAGAGGCCAGCACCGUCCACUCCUCCACCAGGAGACCUGCACCACCCAUGUCUCAGCAGAGGUCAGCACCAUCGAAACCACCACGAAACCCAAUGCCUCCACCGAUGUCUGUACAGUUGGCGUUCCCACCUAGGACCCUGUCAACUCCGCCCAGUCUCCAGCUUGCUGCACCUUGCCCAAGCUCCCUUUGUCUCUGCAUCUGUGUCUUCCCCAAUUUCCUUUUUCUUGUCCUCUUCAGUCAUUCUCCUUGUCUGUUCCAGGCCCCUUCUGCUUGUUGUUCCCUCCGGGGAUUUUUGGUCUUGUCCAAUGUGAUUGAUGUGGUCUUCUGGUCCCUCUUGUCUCCCCUUCUAUUCCCAUUUAGAAGGGUGUACUGUGAGGUCUUGUCUCUCUUGUCCUGCCUGCUUGUUUUUUUUUGUCCUCCCCACCUGCGUUUUGGCCUCAUCCUGCCUAUUGGCGCUUCUGCCAGCCUACCAUUGUUUCGGGUUCUUUUCUGUUUUUGCCUCAGUGUGUUUUGGCCGUUUGUUUGCCAACCUUUUGUUUGAUUGUUUGUCUACCUUGUUUGUGGGCUGCCUGCCUGUUUGCAAAAUAAAAGAAAGUGAAAAUGAAGCGAAAUAAUAAAAAUACAAAAACUGGA